AUGGGUGUGGCUUGGGGAGCCCCGCACGCAUCAAGCAACGACGAGUGCAUCCAACGCCACCAUGCUGCUGGUCCUAGGGAACAAGGUAAAAGAAGGAAGAGAACAUUGGAGAAAAAGGCAGCUUUGCAAGGUACUAUGCGCCCCAUUCAAGGUUUACAGAAUUUGCACCAUCCUAUUACAGUUUGUUCUGAUGACAUAAUUGACCAGUUCUUCCUUGAGUAA